AUGAACUAUGCGGAUUACGAGGGCUUUCAUUUUAAGCGACUUAAAAGGUACCAGAAAUUGCCGCCUUUGAUCGCAUUUACUGCGGCUGCGAUAACUUUUGUCUAUACGUAUAGAAAUGGCGGGCAUCCAAAGAUGGUCGAAAUGAUGAAGAAAGCCAGUGCCAUGACGGUUUUGCCCUUCUGCGAUGAGGAUUGGGCUCCUAUGUCAAGUCGCCUCCCCGGUGGAGAUUUCUUGCAAAUUAUCAUUUGGGCUUCGCUUAUCAUGCUGCAAUUGUUAGAGCUACAUAUUGGGCUGGAAUCUCCGGAUUGA